AUGUCGGAAGUAGAAGAAACCACUGGCGAUCUUGUUAAAAGAUCAAAACGGUUUAUCAAAAAUAAGUUCUCAUUCACUCAACACUCAUCUAAGAACAAUGCCGUCAAGAACCCUGAAAGUCCUGGGAGGGGAUCUAUCAACUCAAUUGAGAAGUCAGUCGAACUGAACGUACCAAAUGGAGCACAAAGCCCAGAAUCCCCGGUUGAUGAAACAAACCAACUUGGCACUCAACCAGAUGGCACUUCACAUGCAUUUCCUGUCGAUGGCCAAGGCCCUCAGGACACUUUCCACGUAUCGCAAGGUGUUCAAAGUCCUUCAUCUGGGCUACCAACUGAGAGCCCUGUGUUCAAUGGAGUUUGUGCACCAAAUGGUUUUCGAGCCGCACAAUCCAAGGAACUUCCGCUUCUUCCGGCAGCUCACCAAACCCAAGCCAUGGGUGCCCCUCGUGAUGAGAACAUCUCGUAUGGGCAGAAGGAUUUAGCAAUGACUCUCAAGGAGCAAUCGGAGUUUAUCGACAACCUCGUUGCCAAAAACAAGUCUCUUUCACAGCAACUGGAAGCAGAGCGUCAAAAGCGCCAGAAAGACCUUGCAUACUGGAGAAACCGCACCAGCGAAGCCGCAAGCAAGAAUGCCAAUCUUGUUCCUGGAAUGCCUCUCAGUCAGCCAGAAACCGAACUGCGCAACGAGUGGCGAAACCUGGCCUUUGACGUGAGGAACUUGGUGGACAACUACUUUAAGAAACAAACUUGA